AUAGCCUCUACUCCCCCUCAAUUCCCCCGUUUACUGACAUUGAUUUGAAAACACAUUCUCAAAAUGUCUGACAUCCACCGUGCCAGCACCACUGCUCCGGUCAACAUCGCAGUAAUCAAGUACUGGGGAAAGCGUGACCCAAAGCUAAAUCUCCCCACCAACUCUUCCCUUAGCGUGACCCUUGCGCAGUCCGACCUCCGCACCCACACCACAGCUUCUUGCUCUUCUAGCUACCCGAAAGAAGACACCCUUCUUCUCAAUGGCCAGUCUCAAGAUGUCUCUGGCGCCAGAACCCAAGCAUGCUUCAGGGAAUUGAGGGCGCUGAGGAGAGAGCUCGAGGCAAAGGACUCGAGCCUGCCCAAGUUGGCCGAUCUCCCCCUCCGUAUCGUUUCUGAGAACAACUUCCCCACCGCUGCUGGAUUGGCCAGUUCAGCCGCUGGUUUUGCAGCACUUGUCCGCGCAAUUGCCAACCUAUACGAGCUUCCAGCCUCGCCCACAGAACUCUCCCGCAUCGCUCGUCAAGGCUCGGGCUCAGCAUGCCGAUCGCUCUUUGGCGGAUACGUAGGCUGGGAGCAAGGCUCUGCGGCGGACGGCAGUGACAGUGUAGCUUUCCAGGUCGCACCUGCAAGCCAUUGGCCAAACAUGCGUGCCGUCGUUCUGGUCGUCAGUGCAGCAAAGAAGGGUGUGUCGAGCACCACUGGUAUGCAAACCACAGUCGCAACUUCGAGUCUCUUCCAGUCAAGAGCCAGCGAGACGGUACCAAGGCGCAUGAAGGAAAUGCAGGACGCCAUCCAGAACAAGGACUUUGAGGCAUUCGGCAAGGUCACCAUGAUGGACAGCAACUCUUUCCACGCUACCUGCCUCGACACAUUCCCACCCAUCUUCUACCUCAAUGACGUUUCCCGCGCUGCUAUCAAGGUUGUUGAGAGCAUCAACGCAGCGGCAGGCAAGAUCAUUGCAGCAUACACUUUUGACGCGGGUCCAAACGCCGUUGUGUACUACCUCGAGGAGAACGAAAAGGAGGUAGCGGGUCUCUUCAAGACCAUCCUCAACGAGAAGGAUGGAUGGCAAGGUCAGAGGGGACAGGCUGUCCGAGCCAACGCAGAGGCUCUUGAGAAGGUCAAGUCUGAGGCUGGACCUGCUAUUGCUUUGCUAGAGGAAGGUGUCAGCAGGGUUAUCUUGACGGGUGUUGGUGAGGGACCAGUCAGGACUGAGGAGAGUCUGAUUGACGAGAAGGGCGAGCCUGUCAAGAGCGGCUAGAGUUUUGACUCUCGGUAAAGAGGUCUGAGAAUAUAGAGCACAAUGUCAUCCAACCCAGCUAAUACUGAGCCUGUCCCUUUUGUG